UCCAUCUCCCUCAAUCGCCGUCACAGCAAAAAAUCCGUUUUCUAUUGUACACACCGGAGAAUCCGACGACACCACAGCUGCUGGACGCUAUGAAUGUUACCUUCGUGAAAAACUCCAACUUCAACGCCCAACGACCCACGAAAUUCAUUGUACACGGAUACACUGACUCUGCCAGCGAUAAAUGGGUUCAGGACAUGGUGAAAGAGAUGCUGACGCAGAAUGUCAACAUCAUCGCCGUAGACUGGCAACAAGGCGCCAAGGGACCUAACUACUACCAGGCCACGGCCAACACUCGGGUUGUCGGCAACUACAUCGCGACUCUCAUCUUGUUGUUUGAGAAGCUGGGUGUCCCCAUGUCCUCCGUCCACGUCAUUGGUCACUCGCUGGGCGCGCAGGUAGCGGGCUACGCAGGCCAUGGCUUGGACGGGAGGCUGGGAAGGAUUACAGAUGUUAGCGACGCGCUUGACUGCAGCCACAUGAGGGCCACCAGCUACUACACGGCCAGCAUCAGAAACAACCCGUUUGUGGCCUACCCGUGUGCCAGCUUGAGCGAGUACAAGUUAGGGCAUUGCACGUCCUGUGCCGAAGGUUGUUCUAACAUGGGGUACCAUGCUUCCACUUAUAGUUCUGGUCUCUAUGUGCUGAACACUGGCUCCACCUACCCGUACUGACACCUCGACCACAGUAAAGUAUAUGGAAAGGUACCCGUACCUCUCGAGCAGACAGUCUGGUCCUUUCCCUGAUGGUGACUAAACCUUUGAUCUCCAAGUGUUGUGCUUUAAAGAAGUCUGAUGGUCUGAACCAUAGAAGCUGUGAAUAAUGUCUUGUACUUACCAUCAUUAAUAAAGCACUAACAUCUUCAAAAGUUACAAUCGCUUUGUUCUCGUAUCGUU